GUGAAUAUCGAUGCCACUAAAAUCUGUUAUCGCUGCUAUUAUAUUUUUCUAAAAAUAAAAAUGAAAAAUAAAAAAAAAUAAGCUGCGUAUUACGCUUGCGACAUGUCGUUCAAAACAGGAACCAGAUAAACGGGGCUAGCAAGCUGCGCUGGCCACACUGUACCUGACGACGGCGAAGCGAAGAAAGAAAGAGCUUAGAUUUCGCAAAAGGCUUUAAAACUACUCGUCGUAUCGAUAUGUGCGGUGACGCAAGGAACUGGGACGAAGAUGCCUAUAGAGAAAGCAUAUUGAAGGAGCGGGGGAUCCAAACCCGAACCGUAUUCAGAACCAUUUGGGCUCCCUCCCAAAAUCCAAGCCCCCAAACCAUCGUCGUUGCCUCCAGUGACGGCUCGCUCGCUUCCUAUUCGAUUUCCUCCUGCAUCUCCAAGCUUCCCCUGGGACUAAGCAGUGUUAAAGCUCCAAACUUGCUAGUGGCUGAACCUGACUGCUUCUUUCAAGGGCAUGAUGGACCUGCAUAUGAUGUCAAAUUUUAUGGAGAUGGGGAAGAUGCUUUGUUAAUAAGUUGUGGAGAUGAUGGUCGGAUUCGAGGAUGGAAGUGGAAGGAUUGUACAAAAUCUGAGCUGCCAAUUCAAAUGCAGGGAAAGCAUAUAAAGCCAGCAUUGGACCUGGUGAAUCCUCAACAUAAAGGUCCUUGGGGAGCUCUAUCACCAAUCCCUGAAAACAAUGCUGUUGCUACUAAUGCUCAGGGGGGAUCAAUAUAUGCAGCUGCUGGUGAUUCUUGUGCAUAUUGUUGGGAUGUGGAGAGUGGUCAAGUCAAAAUGGUUUUUAAGGGACACUCAGACUACUUGCAUUGCAUAGUUGCCAAAAACACUACUAAUCAGAUCAUAACUGGUUCAGAGGAUGGGACAGUAAGAAUUUGGGAUUGCAAAAGUGGAAAGUGUGUCCAGUUGAUUGAGCCAGCAAAAGACAUGAAGCGUAAAGGAAAUUUCUCAUAUGUUAGCUGCAUUGGUCUUGAUGCGAGUGAAAGUUGGUUGGCUUGUGGGAGUAACCGGAGUUUAUCAAUUUGGAAUCUUCCUGCUUCUGAAUGUGUUUCUGACAUUUCAACUCACGCAUCCAUUCAAGAUGUAAUAUUUGAUGAUAAUCAAGUAUUGGCAGUAGGAGCAGAACCUCUAAUGCAUCGUUUCAGUAUAAAUGGGGCGAUCCUAUCACAAAUACAAUGUGCUCCUCAAUCAGCUUUCUCUAUCUCGUUGCAUCCAUCUGGUAUUACAGCAGUUGGUGGGUAUGGUGGUGUGGUCGAUGUUAUCUCACAAUUUAGAAGCCACUUGUGCACAUUCCGUUGUCCAUUUGUAUAUGUUUACUCUUUUGUUGAUUGUAAAUUUGUAAUAUGUAAAGAAGAAAACUCUUUUAGUUUUGAUUCUAUUUUUGGCCCGUUCAUGGCGGGACUGGCACCAGAAGGAUCACAAUAUGAUGCGCGUCAGUAUGAUUCUGAAAUGAAUGAGUUACUUUCAGCUGAUGGACAUGAUUUCUUUACACCAUAUGAUGAGGUUUAUGAUGCUUUUGAUUCAAUGGGAUUGCAGGAGAACCUCCUGAGGGGCAUUUAUGCCUAUGGUUUUGAAAAGCCCUCAGCUAUUCAACAAGGAGGAAUUGUUUCCUUCUGCAAGGGUCUUGAUGUAAUUCAACAAGCUCAAUCUGGUACUGGAAAGACGGCGACUUUCUGUUCUGGUAUUCUGUAACAGCUUGAUUAUGGUUUGACAGAAUGCCAGGCCUUGGUUCUGGUACCAACUUGAGAGCUUGCUCAACAGAUUGAGAAGGUCAUGCGGGCACUUGGAGAUUACGUUGGUGUCAAGGUACAUGCAUGUGUUGGUGGGACUAGUGUUCGUGAAGACAAACGCAUCCUGUCAAGUGUGGUUCAUGUUGUUUUUGGCACUCCUGGUCGUGUUUUUGACAUGCUGCGGAGACACUCACUAUGACCUGAUUACAUCAGAAUGUUUGUAUUGGAUGAGGCUGAUGCAAUGCUUUCAGGAGCUUUCACGGAUCAGAUCUAUGAUAUUUUCCAGCGUCUGCCAUCAAAGAGUCAAGUCGGUGUAUUCUCUGCUACAAUGCCACCUGAGGCCCUUGAUAUUACAAGGAAGUUUAUGAACAAACCUGUGAGGAUUCUUGUGAAGCGUGACGAGCUCACCCUUGAGGGUAUAAAGCAAUUCCAUGUGAAUGUUGAUAAAGAAGAAUGGAAGUUUGAGACAUUGUGUGAUCUUUAUGAAACCUUAGCUAUUACCCAGAGUGCCAUCUUUGUUAACACCCGCCGCAAGGUUGAUUGGCUGACCGACAGGAUGAGGAGUCGAGACCAUACGGUAUCUGCCACCCAUGGAGAUAUGGACCAGAAUACCAGAGACAUUAUUAUGCGAGAAUUCCGUUCUGGUUCAUCUCGUGUGCUAAUCACUACUGAUCUUUUGGCGCGUGGUAUCGAUGUCCAGCAAGUCUCCCUUGUUAUAAAUUAUGAUCUUCCCACACAGCCUGAGAAUUAUCUCCACCGUAUUGGACGAAGUGGACGGUUUGGAAGGAAAGGUGUUGCCAUCAACUUUGCUACAAAUGAUGAGAGGAUGAUGUCUGAUGUCCAGAAGUUCUAUAACGUGGUCAUCGAGGAGCUGCCAUCAAAUGUUGCUGAUCUCCUCUGAUGAGAUUUUCUUUAUUUUUUAUGUUUCUUCUUGUUCGAGUAUUUACUGAAACUCUGGCAAUGGUCCAUCAUCUGCCUCCAAAUGGUGUAAUGGCAGAAAUUGCAAAUUUUCCGGCAGCUAAUGUUAAUUAUAAUACAAUGCAUGGUUUUUUAGUUUCCACUGA